UGAAGGGUAUUUGGGAAAGAGUAAGUCACUUAGUCUUCCUGGAGCCUGGGAAAAGGACGUGGCUCAGAAGAUGGGCUCCUUCCCCUGACACUUGUGGAGUGUCUACUAUGUGCCAAGCAUUUGGGUUCUCGGGAGAGAGCGGGAAACGUGGCUGGCUGUCCUUCGCCAGGCUUAUGGAUGGAGAAGAGGGCCCAUUCACCAACUUAACCCAUGUGUCUGCAACAAAAUGACAUCAGAUUGUGAAAAGGGAUGUGCGGAAGCCAAACUAUGCAGCGAUGGAGACAAUGCGGUGUGGACACUGCCAGCGGCUGCAGCCCACUUGGAAUGACCUGGGAGACAAGUACAACAGCAUGGAGGACGCCAAGGUCUACGUGGCUAAAGUCGACUGCACAGCCGACUCCGAGGUGUGCUCCGCCCAGGGGGUCCGAGGAUACCCCACCUUGAAGUUUUUCAAGCCUGGCCAAGAAGCUGUGAAGUACCAGGGUCCUCGGGACUUCCAGACACUGGAAAACUGGAUGCUGCAGACGCUGAACGAGGAGCCUGCGACUCCAGAGCCAGAAGUCGAACCGCCCAGGGCCCCUGAGUGCAAGCAGGGGCUGUACGAGCUCUCAGCAAGCAACUUUGAGCUGCACGUCGCACAAGGCAACCACUUUAUCAAGUUCUUCGCUCCGUGGUGUGGUCACUGCAAAGCUCUGGCUCCAACCUGGGAGCAGCUGGCUCUGGGCCUUGAACAUUCUGAAACUGUCAAGAUUGGCAAGGUCGACUGCACGCAGCACUAUGAACUCUGUUCAGGGAACCAGGUCCGCGGCUACCCCACUCUUCUGUGGUUCCGAGAUGGUCACAAGGUUGACCAGUACAAGGGCAAGCGGGAUUUGGAGUCCCUGAGGGAGUAUGUGGAGUCACAGCUGCAGAGCGCGGAGCGGGAGGCCCCGGAGGCCGUCGCGCCAUCAGAGGUCCCGGUGCCGGCCACCGAGCCCACGGCCAAGGGCACCGUGUUGUCACUCACGGAAAGUAACUUUGAAGACACCAUCGCAGAAGGAAUAACCUUCAUCAAGUUUUACGCUCCAUGGUGUGGUCAUUGUAAGAAUCUGGCUCCUACUUGGGAAGAACUCUCUAGAAAGGAAUUCCCUGGUCUGGCAGAGGUCAAGAUUGCGGAGGUGGACUGCACCGCGGAACGGAACAUUUGCGGCAAGUACUCGGUUCGAGGCUACCCCACGCUGCUGCUUUUCCGCGGAGGGAAACAGGUCAGUGAGCACAGCGGCAACAGAGACCUGGACUCACUGCUCCACUUCGUCCUGCGCCAGGCAAGGGACGAGCUGUGAAGCCGAGGUGCCGGGCGCAGUCCUGUGGGCGUCGUGGCAGGUCCCCAGAGCGCGGAGUGUGCCGGACUGGUGGCAUCGUCGUCACGCGUGUGUUCUUUACGGCAACACACUCUACAAAUGAUUGUUUCUCUAAGUAAACACGUAACUCGUGAUCCCUUCGCAAACUAAAUAUUUUCAGUGGCGAUCUCUCAUCCCCUGUACCUUCUCAAUCUAAAUGGUUUCCUUUGAGACAAAAAUAGAGUUGAGGAAAAUCAAA